AUGAGUUCUACGGAGAGUGGAGAAGAAGAGUGCUUGAGCUGGGCUGCAAGAGAUCCAUCUGGUCUUCUUUCUCCUCAUACAUUCACUCGCAGGUCUGUUACAAGCGACGACGUUUCAGUGAAAAUCACUCACUGUGGAGUGUGUUACGCUGAUGUGAUCUGGACAAAGAACAAACAUGGAGACUCUAAAUACCCUUUGAUUCCUGGGCAUGAGAUUUCUGGGAUAGUGAAUAAGGUUGGGUCAAAUGUUCAUCGUUUCAAAGUUGGAGACCAUGUUGGUGUUGGAACGUAUGUUAACUCCUGCAGGGAGUGUGAUUACUGUAACGAAGGACAAGAAGUUAGUUGUGUGAAAGGUCAAGUCUUUACUUUCAAUGCCAUUGAUCAUGAUGGCUCUGUCACAAAAGGAGGCUACUCAAGCCACAUCGUUGUUCAUGAGAGGUAUUGCUACAAGAUACCUGUGGACUAUCCUCUGGAGUCAGCUGCACCGUUGCUAUGUGCUGGGAUCACUGUAUAUGCGCCUAUGAUGCGUCACAAUAUGAACCAACCUGGUAAAUCUCUAGGGGUGAUUGGGCUUGGUGGUCUUGGUCACAUGGCGGUUAAGUUUGGUAAGGCUUUUGGACUUAAAGUGACGGUUUUCAGCACCAGCGUUUCCAAGAAAGAAGAAGCUUUGACUCUCCUGGGAGCUAACAAUUUCGUUAUCUCUUCUGACCAUGAUCAGAUGAAGGGACUAGAGAAGUCUCUAGACUUUGUGAUUGACACAGCAUCUGGAGAUCAUGCGUUUGAUCCUUACAUGUCGCUUUUGAAGAUUGCUGGGACUUAUGUGCUUGUUGGUUUCCCAAGUGAGAUUAAAAUCAGUCCUGCCAAUCUCAAUCUUGGUAUGAGAAUGCUGGCGGGAAGUGUAACCGGUGGGACCAAAGUGACUCAGGAAAUGUUAGAUUUCUGUGCAGCUCAUAAGAUUUAUCCGAAUAUAGAGGUGAUUCCGAUUCAGAAGAUUAAUGAAGCUCUUGAAAGGGUGGUGAAGAAGGACAUCAAGUACCGUUUCGUGAUUGAUAUCAAGAAUUCUCUGAAGUAG